AUGGUGAAAGAUACGCGUCCAAAUGACAAAGCCAUGGCCACUCCACUUGAGUUCACUGAUGGUUUUAUGUCAGAUCAAAAGAAAAGCACCAGCAAGACCACGAAGCGUAAGAUAAGGGGCGAGGUGAAAGAAGCCGGGACUGAAUAUGGACGGUCGAGUAAAAGGGCAAGAUCCUCAGCUGGAUCAUCAGUCAUGGCAGAAAGAGUCACGGAAAAUAGACCAUCUGUAUCGUUGAAUGUCAUCAUCGAAGAAUAUGUGUCUUGUGUUCCAGGCGAUAAAAGCACAAACAUUGCCGAAAUCUCUAUUGGAGGAGAUAGGCAGUCUACUGGGGAGAAACGGAAGAACGUGGAGAGCGACGAAGUCAACGGUCGGAUCAAGAGGCUUAAACUUUCAAGCAAUGCAGACAAUGGACCAACUAACAACCAUUCCGGCACCAGCAACCUUCCCGACAUAGAAAAAGUCAUUGGAAUCUCGCCCUUCACUUUCGGAAGUGACCAUUUGAAUGUCACACACGAUAUUAUUGGGCCCGAACUCAAGGUCAAGGUCAGGGUUGCAGGGAUCCGAGAUCGUCAGUCCUCGGCAGUUGCGACAACGCCAUUUGGACGACCGAUCCACAAGGUUGAAUCGCCAAUUGAACUGGUCAUAGGGUUACGUGAUGCGAUCAAGGCGCAUAGAUCACUACUCAAAGAUGCCAUGAUAUUGCACCGGGAUAUCUCGGAAAAUAACAUUAUCUUGACAGGAUCCGAUGUUGGCAAGGACUGGAGGGGAUUCUUGAUCGAUCUAGACCUGGCUGUAUUGCUGUCCGAUGACAAAGCCCAGAGAAAGACCCAGACAAUGACUGGGACUAUGGAGUUUAUGGCAGUAGAACUUCUUAGUGGGAGUUGUGAAAAAACAGGCGCCAUAGUGAAUCAUUCAUAUCGCCAUGACUUGGAGUCGUUCUUUUAUGUUCUGUUAUGGCUAAGCAUGAGUCGCGGAUGGGAAAAGGGUAAAGAACAGAACCGAGAUUACCUUUCGAAAUGGUUCAGAGGGACUACCAAAGAGAUCUUUGAAUUUAAGAAUUCUCAAAUGAAAGAAUCAAAUAUCGAAGAUGUAUUGAGCAAGUUCUCACCGAAGUUUUAUGGAUUGAGGAGGCUAGCGAAGAAGUUCUGGGUGAUAUUUUUUCAUACAAAUGGAACAUAUUUUACAGGAUCCUACAAGGAUAAUAACGCGUUGUAUAACUCAACCAUGGCGGCAUUUGAAAAGGAAAUUCAGGUGAUGAUAGAGUAA